UUUUUCUUUUCAGUUUAUCAAUUAAGCAGUUAUCUAGUUAUUAGCUUACUACCGGAAGCUGCCCAAAAUCCUUCCUUGGUAGCUGGGAUCACUGGAGUCAUGAGCUGAGAGCCGCCACCCACGUGUCAGCUGAUCCAUCUGUCCUGUACACGCUCCCAUAAACUAUCUCUAUUUUAAACCCUUUUUAGAUAUGGAUCCAUGAUGAUAGAACAAGUUUAUGUGGGUUCUGUUAACAGUCAUGGACCUGAAGACAUGCAACAGUGUCUUAUACCAGCACCUCUCCUGGUCUCCUGUGGGGGUGCUGUUGGUGGAUAUGUUAGAGUCUGUCUCAAUGGUGAUCUUAGCCUCAUUUGUCAUGCUGUGCCAGUGAUGAAUGCUUACUGUGAUUUGGGUUUUCAAGUUAUAGCUUGUAAUUGCGUGCACACAGGAAAGAACAAUUGUAAAACGUCUGUUGUAACAGGAAAUUAUACUAUCAGUGCUUCUCAGGUGACUCCCCUGAGUGGUGCAAACAUUAAAGAUAUCAGUGUCAUUGUUGUUUUAAAUUCAGUGGAAGAUGUUCUUCAUUACAGAAAAAAUAAGGAAUGUUUUGAAAGUUCUCUCAGGGAGUUGCUGAUGCUGUAUGGUGUUGUGAGUGAAUGCAGAAUAAAUUGUGGAACAAACCCUCUAGCUAAAGUUUUGGGCAUCUCUCACAUUAUUGUUGUAAAUUGUUCAGUGUCACCGAGUGAAGUUGGUCUUGUAACUGCCAGUUCUAGCAUCGUUCUCAUUGAGGUUCAGAGUGAAGACAGACGUAAAUUGAUAGUACAAGAUACAGUGAACUUGGGUGGGCUGGACCAGGUCUUGGCAUAUCUGAGGAGACUCAUCACAGAACCUUGGACCAGACAAGAGCAGUUUAGUGAAGCUGGAGUCAUGUAUCCAUCAGGAGUACUUUUGGUUGGACCUCCUGGUUGUGGCAAAACAUCUCUUGUUCGCCAGUUGUGUGCUGAAACAGGAGCCUGUCUUGUUGGAACUGCAGGAGCUGAACUUGUUAGUCCAUAUGAGGAAGAGACAGAAAAAAACUUUGUUAAGGUUGCAGAGAGAGCACAGGCCUUGAGUGAAGAAGGACCGUGUUUGUUCUUCAUAGAUGAAAUUGAUUCACUGUGCCCCAUGAGAACAAAGGAAUCUAGUCUUCAUGAUCUCAGACUCACGGCACAGGUUCUCUUAACUCUAGAUGAAGGCAGAAGGUUUUCCAAUCUUACUCUCAUGGCUGCAACUAAUCGUCCCUUUCACUUAGACCCAUCACUAAGGAGAUCAGGCCGGCUUGAAAUUGAAAUUCUUCUGAAUGUUCCAUCAGCAGCUGACCGAGCCAACAUACUAGGUGUUCAUAGCCUCAACCUCUUGCCCAGCAAUCACCCAGGAUUGGCCAGAGUUGCUCAUGCCACACCAGGUUUUGUUGGGGCUGAUCUUCGUGCCCUGACUGAAGUUGCACAGCGGGAAGUUGAGGCAAAACACACGGAAAAGAAAACAUUGACUCCAGAAGAGAUCAUUGACAUCAUGUUGGCCCAAGCAGCAUCCAUUACUCCAAGUAUCCACAAGACUCUGGACUUUAUCACUGCCAAGCCUGUUGGGUCACCAAUUGGUGGACUGAGAGAAGUGAAGUUGAAAUUAGACCAAAUAUUUAUCCACCAUGUAAAGUUUGCUGUUGCCUACAAUAAAUUGAAGCUUAAGCAACCUAGAGGAUUAUUGUUGUAUGGUCCUCGGGGUUGUGGUAAAACACGUCUGGUCGCCUCACUGGCUUCUUCUAAAGGCUGUACCUUCAUUACAGCCAAUGCCUCUCACCUCCUCUCACCCUAUGUUGGGGACUCAGAAAAGCGAAUUGCUGCUCUUUUCCACGCUGCUCGCCUGGCUCAGCCCACUAUUUUGUUUAUUGAUGAAAUUGAUGGAAUAUUUGGAUCCCGAGAAGGGAGUGGUAGUGGCGUGCACAUUAACAUCUUGAAUGAACUACUUCAAGCCAUGGAUGGAGCAGAUGUCAGAGCCACCAGCAUACAAGGAGCCUCCCUGCUGACCAACUCUCUCACCACCCAACAUGAUGGAGUGUUGGUUUGUGCAGCCACUAAUCAUCCGGGUAACUUAGACCCGGCCUUGCUACGACCUGGCCGCUUUGAUCGUUUGGUGUACGUCCCUCUGCCAGAUUAUGAGGCACGCCUUGAUAUUCUCGGACUCAAGACGAGUAAGAUGCACGUACAGUCAGAUAACAUUCUUGAAGUAUUAGCCAGAGAGACAGAGGGCUUUACUGGUGCUGAGCUGGAGAACUUGGUAAUGAAGGCAACCAUGGCAGCAGUGAAGAAGAACCUGUAUGAUCAAGACACCCAUUUAGUGCAUCUACAAGAGAAAGAUUUAUUAGCCGCUCUACACUCCACCUGCCCAGCUGUCACUGAUAAGGAAAUAAAGGCUUAUCAGGAAUUUGAGAGGAAUCUUAGUUUUAAAACAUAAAUGAAAAAUUGGGUGUUUGUUAUAAUAUUCAUAAUUUAGUUCUUAUUGUGAUUUGUAUAUAUUUGUUUUAGAAAUUCAACAAUAAAUCUUGACUUCAAAAAAAUUUCUUUUUCAUAGAUAUUAACUCGUGAAGGAAUACUAAUGGAUCAUGUGUUUAUCACUGUACAAGAGAUAAGUAAUUGAGGUUACGGUACCCUCCUACCCAGAGUGAAGCUGGAGGACUGAGUGGAGGUAAGCUUAGUGUUGGGUUAAUUUUCCUAGGAAGUACAGCAGAGUCUCGCUAAUUCACUGGUUAGGUACCAGAAGACUUCGUGAAUUAUCAAAUCGCAAAUUAUAGUUUAACUGAUUUUCAGUGAUGUCUCCUUUAGCCGGAACGAUUGAUGUAGAGCACUUCUGGGAAUGAGACAAUUCUCUCAAAGCUGGAAAAAAAAUCCCUCCUUGCAAUUUUCUGGGUAAUGGAAAAAUUUUCUCGGAAUUUCCAGAAAUUACGCAUUAAACCACCCUUCGAACUCAGAAAAAUAUACCCCAUCUUUCAUGGAAUUUUCUCAUAAUUUGUCGAGAAAAUUUCAAUUCCAGCCAUCAGAGAGUUUCGGUUAACUGAGAUAUUACUAUUAGUUUGGUACCAGAGGUAAAAAAAUACCCAUAAAGUGUUUCAUAACUGCUACCUUUGUUAAUAAUAAAAAACAAUAACAACAUCAACAAUAAUACGUAUUUGUUAAUUGCUUUUGAAAUAUUUUUUCUAUACAGUAUUUGCCACAUCCUGUACAGGUUUACCAGAUUUACAAUAUUUUGCUUUAACGAUUGUGCUGUAUAUAGACCACCACCCUAUUUGUGAUGUAAACAAUCUGCACGAGUGAUGGUCAUCGUCUGGCCGAUGCAUCUCUCAGUUCACCGCCACCCGGUGCACUACAGUACCAAGCUCUGUUCCCUGGUGAUUGUACAUGGCCGUUAUCAUGAAGCUCAACAAAUAAUUAUCGGUGUUGUUACUUAUCAUUCUUUUACCUUACAGGGAAAGGACAUGACUAACGCUUACAUUUUACUCUGUUUUGGUAACUCUGAAGUGAUUUUCACUAUGUUUCUUGUGAUUGUAAAGUGCUUUGUCUCUGUUGUUGUGAACAGUCUCGGCCAUUAUCAUUGUUUUUGUGUUCUCAUCAGUCGCUCUGUUUUGGUGACUGAAGUGAGCUGUGUAACUUUGAAAAUGUCUGGGGGAGACCAAGGCACCCAGAAAAACCGUGUCUCUGGAGGUGAAGCUUGACAUUGUGAAGCAGCCCGAGACUCCUCAGAGGCUGUGUGGGAGUCAGAGUGUCAUCUCCACUCCACCUACAGGAGCCCCUUAGCCUUGAAGGGGACACGUGAUGAUGACCAGGGCUGUUCUUAAUGAUGUGGUCACAUUGGAGCACUGAAGUGAUAUCCAUGGCAAAGUAGAGCAAGAGCAAAGAAAUUAUAUUUUGAUAACUUUUAUGGAUUCUUAUAUAAGCAAACGCUGCAGCAGUUGACACUCAGUUGAGAAUUAUGAAUAUAUGACUGCAGAAUGCUUGAGAUAAGUAACAGGUACCAGCAAAUUUAAGAGCCUCUCACCUGUACAUGGUUGCGGCUAAUACCCAUAGCAGUGACGAAGAAGAAUGUGUCUUUAGGAUCCUCAACACUGAACUCCUUUCCCUCAAUGUGGUCAAGGAUAUCAAUCAAGAUAUGACUUAUGGGUCCCCCUGAAAAAAAUGUUUUAAAAGAGUUAUUCACUAAAAAUUGACAUACAUUUGGAUAUUUCCAGUGAUAAUUUUUCUUAGCGACAAUACAUAUGUGUAAAUUCUUAUCUUACAUAAAUAUUUUAAUACAUGAAUGCUUUAAUUCUGUUAUUUUACACGAGUCAUCAAUCAUCUUCAAAGCCAUAGUUCAAGUGUCUCAGACUCGUAUGUUUGUCUCCAAUUCUGCAGAUUGCUAAAUAUUUAUUUAUUAAUAAAGAAUAUUUUCCUUGUU